GUGGGGAAGACCAUCAAGGCGCGGGCGGAGGAAAGAGGGAGCGCCGCAACAGGGGUCCUGGGAGGAUGGAAGGAGAGUUGUCGAGGAACUGGAGACAGACUUGGAAGAUUCAGAUACGCAACGCAUGAGGAGGAGGAGGAGGAGGACGACGACGAGGACGACACCGAGGACUCUGAAAACGAUUCUUCCGACGAAGACGACGUCGAAAACGAGAUUGACUGGGAGCUCUUGUCACCAAAAGAGCGGGACGAGGCAUUGUCGCAAAAAGCCCUCGCCCGCGUACGGCGCGCACAGGAACGGGGCAAACUGGAGGUCAACCUCAGUAAGGAGGAGAUGGCGGCCCUCGAGCGGCGGAGGAAGCGCAUGGAAAAGGAGGCGCGCAAACAGGAGCGCAAACAACGCCGAGAAAAGGAGCAGCGGUUCGCCAUCCCGCUGUCCCAGUUCGAGCCGACGUCCCGCAAAAGGUCGCCGACGAUAACUGCCGAGGAUGACCUGCCGCGCCAUCCGUCUCCGGGCACAUUCGCCGAAGUACAAACGCGAGGUCCGCUACCGCCCAUGGGCUACUUCCCACCGCCCAACGCUUCUCGUACCCGACCCCGCUCGGCAACUUCGGCUUCCCAGCGACCCACCUCUCGCACCAUGGACGAGAGGGGCUCGUCGCCGUUCAGGUACGCCUACGCACAGGGUGCCAACUCUCAGCGUCAGCCUUCGGACAUGUCGCCGGCGUCGUCGGCCACAUCCUCCAUGUCGAAGUCGCGCUCAAACGUCGACCCCUUCCAGUUCCAGGUCGAGGGCCCCCACGUGGCCGCCUCGCGACGCAACGUCUCGGGCUCUACAGACGGACGGCGACCCUCGGUUGCACCCCCGGUGACGCGUAGUUCCCGGGCCUCGCGCGGUCCGCCACCCGAGGAGGACAGCAGCGAAGACAGCAGCGAGGAGGGCAGCGAGGAGAGCACCAGCGACGGCACGGGCAACGGCGCUCAGAUUGUCCAACCACCGCAGCCGCCGCCGCCUCCGACGACGAGACGUGGCCGCAAGGAGGCCGUUGUCGUGGAGGAGGCUGCCACUCGCGAACCGGCGCGUGAGGUUUCGCAGGGCAAGAAAUCUGCCAACCCGUCGCCGUCCAAGAGAAAGCCUACGAACAGUCGGAAGAAGAAGAAAUGA